AUGGCAACAAUAGCCGGUCCCGUUUUAGACGCGGCGGAUCCGGGAUUCCGUCUCUUCGGUAGAUUAAUCGAUAACGGUAGCGCGCCAAACUCGCCCGUCUCAUCCCAGCCGUUGGCGUGCGACGCAAAUCAAUCUCCACCGUCGUCUCUUCGUCAAGGGCCUCGACCCCGUGCCGAACUAAAUGCUAUUCCCGAUUCCGCGAUUCGUCAGACCUCGAACGACUUUCGCAGAACCGCCGCGGCCGCAACUGCUGCAGAGAAUAGAGGAGAGGAGCGCGAGGAAGCAGAGGGGAACGACGACCGGGAGGAGAGUUCCGAGUCUCAAGAUGCGUCGGCGGAGCGGGCGAAACAGGAAGAGCAGGAGCGGGAGCUGCAGCAGCAGGAGGGGGAGGGGCAGAAGCAGGGGGAAGGAGGUUGCGAGUUGAAGCGUCCAACCACCCCGCUACCUUGUCCCCGUUGCAAGAGUCUCGCUACCAAGUUCUGUUACUUCAACAACUACAAUCCGAACCAGCCGCGCCACUUCUGCCGAGCCUGCCAGCGCUAUUGGACAGCCGGUGGCAAUCUGCGAAACGUGCCCGUGGGCUCGGGCCGGCGAAAAAGCAAGGUUUUGUCACACCCGCAACAGCAACAGGGUAACCAGCAGCACCAGGCGUCGCAUCAGGAAGCCCAUGCUCAAGCUCUCGCCGCUGGCGAUCCAGCCGCGGGCGUCUCGCCAGCAGCGCUGCUCGCCGCAGCGGCGGCGGCGGCGGCGGCAGCGACGGCAGUCCAUUCACCUGCCGUAGCGGCAACCAAUCCGUUGGUGCCAGGUGUCGCCAGUCCCUUUCUCUCCGCUCUUUCCGGCGCGUCCCACGCUCUCUCCGCGCCCUCCGUGGCGUUACCUGCAGCCUACGGUCUCCCCCCAGCCGCUCUUUCCCCGCAUGGAGCUUUCCCUCAGGCGGAGCUCUUGCGCCAAGGCGUCCCCCCAUACUCCCCGGGCCUCUCCGCGGGUCUCUCUCCCGCCAAUGUGGCAGCGGCGGCGGCUGCGCGGACCAUGGCGCUGGCGGCGGGCGCGGGGCACGUCCCUGCGGGGAUCUUUCCGGGGAUGGGCGGAAUGGGUAUGGGCAUGGGCGCGGGCAUGGGGGGCGCUGCUUCCGAGUACGCGGCCGCGGCUGCGGCUGCUGCUGCGGCGGCGGCGGCCGGCCAAGGAAUGUCCUCCGCCGCUGCGGGCCAGGAAAUGGCGUCUGCGGUUGCAGCAGCCGCCGCUGCCAUGGCUGCUCAAGCUGCUUCCGGGGCCCCUUCGUUCUCUCAAGCGGGAUGUGAAAUGACCCUUGCACCACCGGCACCAACAGGAGGAGCAGCAACACUGGCAGCAGGAGUGGAUGGUGCAGAGCGGAUGGAGAAGCAGCGGCAAGCGGCAUGGCUGGCCGGUGCGCCAGGCACAGGAUCAGGACAGGCAGUAGGGCACAGCACUGGAUGGGAAAACUUCCGUGCUGCAGCUGCCACAGCUGCUGCUGUUCCAUCUGUAGCAGGCAGGCAAGGCGGGUUAGACCACAGUAGAGCUGUCCCCUCUCUGCCCAUUCUCCCGCUACACUCCGCCUCUGGUUCCACCUCCCCUCCUCUCCUGCAGCAAGCGCUUGCAGCUGCUGGCCCCGCAGCUACAGCCGCUGCUACAGCUGCUGCGACUGUCCCUACCACAGUUGACACUCAAGCUGCUGGUACAGCGGCAGGGCAGCACAAGAGGCCGCCAGGCACUGGUGGUAACCAGGUGGUCGAUUAUCUCAGGAGGAGUCCUCCUGAGCAGCAGCAGCAACAGCAGCAGCUUGGGGCUAGUGGGGAGGAGCCUGCUGCUAAGAGGCUGUGCGUGGGGACUUCUGGAGGUGAUGUGGGAGACGGAGGAAAGGAGAAGGCAGGGCAGGAGGGUGUGCAUAGUAAGCGAUUCCUCAAGGCUAACCCUGUAGCGAUGAUGAGAUACAUGGUGUUUCAGGCCAAUGGUUGA